AUGGCCGGCAACGUGAAGAAGAGCUCGGGCGCCGGCGGCGGCGGCUCCGGGGGCUCGGGAGCGGGCGGCCUGAUCGGGCUCAUGAAGGACGCCUUCCAGCCGCACCACCACCACCACCACCUCAGCCCGCACCCUCCCUGCACGGUGGACAAGAAGAUGGUGGAGAAGUGCUGGAAGCUCAUGGACAAGGUAGUGCGGUUGUGUCAAAAUCCAAAGCUGGCACUCAAGAACAGCCCGCCAUAUAUCCUAGACCUGCUGCCUGACACCUACCAGCAUCUCCGCACUGUCUUGUCAAGAUAUGAGGGGAAGAUGGAGACGCUUGGAGAAAAUGAAUAUUUCAGGGUGUUCAUGGAGAACCUGAUGAAGAAAACAAAACAGACUAUCAGCCUCUUCAAGGAGGGAAAAGAAAGAAUGUAUGAGGAGAAUUCCCAGCCUAGGCGAAACCUAACCAAAUUAUCCCUGAUCUUCAGCCACAUGCUGGCAGAACUGAAAGGAAUCUUUCCCAGUGGACUCUUCCAAGGAGACACUUUCCGGAUUACUAAAGCAGACGCUGCAGAAUUUUGGAGAAAAGCUUUUGGGGAAAAGACGAUAGUCCCUUGGAAGAGCUUUCGACAGGCCCUGCAUGAAGUGCAUCCCAUCAGUUCUGGGCUGGAGGCCAUGGCUCUGAAGUCCACUAUUGAUCUAACCUGCAAUGAUUAUAUUUCUGUUUUUGAAUUUGAUAUUUUUACACGGCUGUUUCAGCCCUGGUCCUCUCUGCUCAGAAAUUGGAACAGCCUUGCUGUCACACACCCUGGUUACAUGGCUUUCCUGACCUACGAUGAAGUGAAAGCUCGGCUCCAGAAGUUCAUCCACAAACCGGGCAGUUACAUCUUCCGGCUGAGCUGUACUCGUUUGGGUCAGUGGGCUAUUGGGUAUGUUACUGCUGACGGGAACAUUCUGCAAACAAUCCCACACAAUAAACCACUCUUCCAAGCGCUGAUCGAUGGCUUCAGGGAAGGCUUCUAUUUGUUUCCUGAUGGACGAAAUCAAAAUCCUGACCUGACAGGCUUAUGUGAACCAACUCCUCAGGAUCAUAUCAAAGUAACCCAGGAACAAUAUGAACUAUAUUGUGAAAUGGGCUCCACAUUUCAGCUCUGUAAGAUAUGUGCCGAGAAUGAUAAGGAUGUGAAGAUUGAGCCCUGUGGGCACCUCAUGUGCACGUCCUGCCUCACGUCCUGGCAGGAAUCAGAAGGUCAGGGCUGUCCUUUUUGCCGAUGUGAAAUCAAAGGUACUGAGCCCAUCGUGGUGGAUCCGUUUGACCCCAGAGGCAGUGGCAGUCUGUUACGGCAAGGAGCAGACGGUGCUCCUUCCCCAAAUUACGACGAUGAUGAUGAUGAGCGAGCUGAUGACUCUCUCUUCAUGAUGAAGGAGUUGGCGGGUGCCAAGGUGGAAAGGCCUUCCUCUCCAUUCUCCAUGGCCCCUCAAGCUUCUCUUCCUCCAGUGCCACCAAGACUUGACCUUCUACAGCAGCGAGCACCUGUUCCUGCCAGCACUUCAGUUCUGGGGACUUCUUCCAAGGCUGCUUCUGGCUCCCUUCAUAAGGACAAACCAUUGCCAAUACCUCCCACACUUCGAGAUCUUCCACCACCACCGCCUCCAGACCGGCCUUACUCUGUUGGGGCAGAAACAAGGCCUCAGAGACGCCCCCUGCCUUGUACACCAGGCGACUGUCCAUCUAGAGACAAACUGCCCCCUGUCCCCUCUAGCCGCCCAGGGGAUUCAUGGUUGUCCAGGCCAAUCCCUAAAGUACCAGUAGCUACUCCAAACCCUGGUGAUCCUUGGAAUGGGAGAGAAUUAACCAAUCGGCACUCGCUUCCAUUCUCAUUGCCCUCACAAAUGGAACCCAGAGCAGAUGUCCCUAGGCUUGGAAGCACAUUUAGUCUGGAUACCUCCAUGAAUAUGAAUAGCAGUCCAGUAGCAGGUCCAGAGAGUGAGCACCCCAAAAUCAAGCCUUCCUCAUCCGCAAAUGCCAUUUACUCUCUGGCUGCCAGGCCUCUUCCUGUGCCAAAACUGCCACCUGGGGAGCAAGGGGAAAGUGAAGAGGACACAGAAUAUAUGACUCCCACAUCUAGGCCUGUAGGGGCUCCGAAGCCAGAGCCCAAAUGGUCUUCAGAGGCAACCCAGAGUUCACGAGCAUGUGACUGUGAGCAGCAGAUUGACAGUUGCACGUAUGAAGCAAUGUAUAACAUUCAGUCCCAAGUGCUCUCUGUGGCAGAAAACAGCGCCUCUGGAGAAGGGAAUUUGGCCACAGCCCAUAGCAGUACUGGCCCCGAGGAAUCGGAAAACGAAGAUGAUGGCUAUGAUGUGCCUAAGCCACCUGUGCCAGCUGUACUGGCCCGCCGCACCCUGUCUGACAUCUCCAAUGCCAGCUCCUCCUUUGGCUGGUUGUCUUUGGAUGGUGAUCCCACAAACUUCAAUGAGGGUUCCCAAGUUCCUGAGCGGCCCCCCAAACCAUUCCCUCGGAGAAUCAACUCAGAACGAAAAGCAAGUAGCUAUCAACAAGGUGGAGGUGCCACUGCAAACCCUGCAGCCACCGCCCCCUCACCACAGCUCUCAAGUGAGAUUGAACGCCUCAUGAGUCAGGGCUAUUCCUACCAGGACAUUCAGAAAGCUUUGGUCAUUGCCCACAACAACAUUGAGAUGGCCAAAAACAUCCUCCGGGAAUUUGUUUCUAUUUCUUCUCCUGCCCAUGUAGCCACCUAGCACAUCUCCCUGCCAUGGCUUCAGAGGACCCAUGAGCCGGGCUCUUACUCAAGGAGCACCUAGGAAAGCAGUGGCUUCUUUUGGGACGUCACAGUGAGGUCCUGCCUUUUCUGUGGGGAUCAACACAUAUGGUUCCAAGAUUUCAAAGCAGUGGAAUGAAAAUGGAGCAGCUAAUGUGUUUCCUUCUUGUAUUGGUCUUAAGAGUGUUUCUGUAGCCCUGCAGUCUCCAUUAGAAGACAGUGGGGUUUUGUUAAAUGGUAACCUACCCCAGGAGCAGCACAGAGAGCAGUAGAAGUGCUGUCCUGUGGCCCUAGUUAAGGACUUAAGACUUUCCUGUUAAGGGUGUGUGUCUCUGUGUCUGUGUGUCCUGUCGUUAUAAGAUUAUCCUGCUGUGUGUGAAUCCAGGCAGGGAGUUAGCACAAGAGCUUCAGAAAGGAAUCUCUGAAGACUCCCAUCUACUGUGGUAUGGCACCUAGCCCUGCUGGAUAGUAUAACCUCAGGCCUCCCCGGUGGCUUAGAUUAUCAUGUACUUAGCUAUGUUUUAUAGUGCUAGAAUACCCCUGCUGUCCUUUCCCUUGGAAACUCCUCACUCCACCUCCUCCUCAUUGGUAUUCUGGAGGCUUGCUGUGACCAGUCUGACUAAAACCAAGCAGCUUAGAGGAUGGUCUUUCUAAUGUGUGAUGGUGUUGGUUUGUUUCUUUCUAAUGUGUGUUGGUGUUGGUUUGUUCAGUUGACUAGGUGGGAAGGACAGAACUAUUCUGUGGUUACAGUUAGAAUUGAUGCUAGCACCUAACACUGGUCACUCCAAAGUGCUGUUUCUAUAGGAAUGUUGGAUUUGUUUUUUUGUUUUUAAAGAAAGUUUAAUUCUCCUAGUUACCUAAUGAUUGGUUUGAGAUAGAGGCCUUCAUAUACAUUCCGUGUCCUCCCCAGGAAAUAGCCUGUGGGAGUCUGUUGCCUUGAUGCCAAGGUAUAUGUCUCUGAUGUAGGUCAUGAGUCUUUCUACCUAACAGGAACAGAACAUGUGUUUCUGGGCAUGCUUUCCAGCCCAAAACCAUAGAGCUUUUAGGAAGCAUCAGUCAUGUAUACUAUUUAGAUUUACAGUAAACAGUAAGAACUUACCUGAGUCUUUCUGGCCAGUGGUUAACUUCAGGUUAGGAAUCUCUCCCGUGAAUAGGAGCCAGGUUAGCUUUUCAGAAAUGAUUUCUUUCUUUGCCCUCUAAGGAACAGAGAUAACACCACAAGUGAGCAUACAGCAUUUGCUUAUAACCAGCGCCUUCUCUAGAGUGGUGCACCAGAGAUGUGGUUGUUCAUGUGCCUAACGUGUGCUUUGGAAUGGUUUCUCUUCCUCUCUCCUUGCCUUUUUUAUUGGGUCCUAGAUAGAACCACCGUGUCAUCCACCCACAGCCUUUAGACAUCAUUCACUGAAAUUCUUUAGUCAAAGACAAUUUGGGACAACGUAGUAGUUUGUGUAUUUAUGGGUUCAUCGAGGAGAUCUAGGGUUGUUUUGGAGAUCUGUUUCUAAGUCAUUAGUGACCUCUUGGGUUCAGUUUGUUCUCUGACUGGAGUCUUGCUGGCUUCUCUGGCAGUGUUGCCUUUUCUCCUGUUGAGUAUGAGCUGGCUUUUACAUGAAUCCUCUGUUCUUUAGGUCCAGACAGAAAUGACCCACCAAGAAUCUGCUUUCUUUCCAGUCUUAACAUCUUUGCAACUAAAAUCUUUUGAACUCUUCUUUUAGUUUCUAGAUGCUUCAAGGUCUGGAUUUUAUCCUCUUGCCUUAAGGCUAUUCUAUUCCCAAGGCAGACACUGUGGUGCUUUUUAUUGACUUGCUAUGGUUACCCAGUGCCUCUUCUACAUAGCAAUGAGUAGAAAACAAUAGCUUAUCAUCCACAAAAAGCUUGUGACAUCCAAUUUUGUGUUCAUUUGAAUAUUGAAAGCCUAAGCCAGGCUUGGUGGCAUCUCAGCACUUGGGAGGGAGAUGAUGGCACGAUGAUCCGGAGUUCACUCCCAGCUCAAAGCUCCUCAAGACCCUGUCUCAAAAAAAACAGGGGUUAAAGAGAUGACUCUUCAGUUAAGAGCAACUGUUCUUGCAGAGGACCUAGGUUUGGUUCCUGGCACCCAUGUAAAAGGUUUCUCAGAUAUGUCAGCAACUCAACAACCAUCUGUAACUUCAGUUUAAAGGAAUCUGAUGCCCUCUUCUGUCCUCUGUGGGCAUCGGGCACAAAUAUGAUGUGCACACAUAUGAUGUGCAUACAUACAUGUGGGCAGAGCAUUAAAUAAAUACAUAUUAAAAAUUAAAAAAAUAAAAAUUAAAGGCCUUACAAGAGAACCAGGGAAAAGCUACCGGCCCUAAUCUGUCUAUAUUGGAGUGUUUUUUUUUUUUCCUUGUAGAUAUUACCUAGAAUCUGAAGAUCUGUCAGGAAAACCAAGCAUUGGCUACGUACCUUUUGCCUUUUUUGUGUGUCUUUAAGUCUUCUCUGGAGGCUAAGGAUAUAGCUCAGUUGGUAGAGUACUUGUCUAGCUAGCAUUCACAGAGCCAUGGUUCAGUCCCCACACUGCACAGAACAGUGGGCUAAGGUACACCUCUGAUCCUUAGCACUCAAGAGGUGGAGACAGUCUCAGAAGCUCAAGGCUACUCUUGCCUACAUAGCAAGUUUAAAACUAGCCUGGGCUACAUGAAACCCUGCCUCCAAAAGAAAACAAAAACCAAAUCUGUGGAGAUUACUGCCCAUACUGUCUAGGAAAAUGACAGUCUUGUCCUGCCCUCUGCUGAGCAUGGCGUGGGGAGUGAUAGGUGGGUAUUCAGUCCCUGUGCUAGACAGGCACAUUUUUGAUUGACUUGGGUGUUGGUUUAUCAGCUAUAUAUCUGCAGGCACUAAGGUUUGAGGCCAUUGUGUGCAGACCUUUCCUUUGCUCUCAGGACACACUGGGGCCCAUGCCUUGUCCUAUUAGGUGUCCUUAGGAAGGUUUCAUGCCACUCAUUUCUGAUAGUCUCCAAAAUUUGAAUUUCUUUUUCCUGUGAAGGCCAAUUUCCUGUUUUUCAUUUUCCAUUUGUAUGGCAAAUUUGAAUUCUUUGACUCUUCCUCUGAGUUUACCUAAAACUGCCUUUCCAUGAACAAGCUUCAUUUUGCCAUUUUUGGCAAGCCCACCCCCUUCCCCUGUUCUGUGUUACAAUUAGGAAAACCUCUUUAAUGUUUCUCCUUUUUUCUCAACUUCCUUAACCUAUUCAACACAGGCCCUUGCUCUUUGUCAUUGUGGAUUGUUUUAUGUGCCACCUUAUUGACGGGUCACUGUCUUGCCAGGACUCCAGGCAAGGCUUUAAGUCCAGUCCCAGAACUGGGUUUUUUAGCAUCCCUCUCACUGGCCUUCUAAAGUGAAAAGUUUUUAAAAUGGUUUUAAAAACCUGUGGGUUCUGAAGUAUACCUCUUUCUAGUUAACAGACUCGGCAGCUUAGCAUCUCAGCUUUUGCAUGUUAAUAUUUAUUUAAGCAGCAAAUUGACCCUGGCUGGCCAUUCUCCUUAUCCCUCUUUCUCCUCCCAGCCCUGCCCUGCAUACUCUGCUAUUUUUGUCUUUCUCUUUCAAUUCAGACAUGCCUAUCACUGGACCACAAUGUCUGAUAGUAGUACUGGCAUUGGUUGGCUGAGAUGGAUAGAAGGCACUAUUCUUCAUAUUUAAAAUAUUUAUUUCCUCUGUAGGAAAGUAAGAGAUAUUUUAUGGCCCAAGUAUCCAACUUACAAGUUAAUUUUUGUACUAUAACUUGCUUGCAGACCAAACCAGGGACCAGCUGUGUCUUCCUUUUAUGGCGCCAUUAACAAGACCCAGUCUUUCUGUGAUGGUUAGCUAUGACACAAGUGCUGAAUGCCCUCCUACCUCACGUCCUGAGAUUCAGAAGGCUACCAGCCUUCUCAGACCUUCCUUUUUUCUGUUGACCUUUCUGAGUCUGGAAUGAUCACUCCAUUGAAUAGAGUGUUCCAACCUGUGCCCUGGCUACAGAUGUUUGAGUGAUUACUGUGUGUCAGAGACGCCGGCUGUCUGUUCUUUCCUGCCACCUCAUGAUGCUUUGCGGGGCUUGGGAAGUUACUGUGGGCUGUCCUGAACUCUUUUUUGCAUUUGACUGUGCAUGUGUUUAUUCCCAGCUCUCUAUUGGAGCUGUUCUUCUCUUACAGGGUAUUCCACUUAAAACUAGCCCCUGUCGUCUUCCUGUGGCUUUGAUAAAUAUUUGGGAGAUUCUGUUGUGUAUACCUCCUAGAUUUAUCCAUUUUUGCUACAAAGUUUAGUGCCAUCUCUUCGGUGGGUGCUGAGUCCACUGACUGAGUUGCACAAUAGAGCGCUAAAUGUUUAAGCUGAGGUCGCAACAGUCUUCUACCCAGGCCAGUGCCUUUUCUAUCUUUUUACUGAGCUGCUUCUGUCCCCAGUCCUUCUUGUUGGAAAGAUUUUGUUUUACCUUUCUGGGACUGUCACCAUCUCCCAUACAGUUUGGAGUUUCUUUUCCUAUUAUUCAACAGUCUUUCUAAGUAAGUCUGUCUAUGAGGGGGUGAAAGGGUGGGAAAGGGUGAGGACUGAUUCUCAGUCUGCUCUUGGAGGAGCCAGUCAGGAGCUGGGACUGUCCACAGAAGCCUGCCCAGAGCAGCUUAUUAGAAGUACCAGAGCUCGCUGUCAGUGUUAGCCUCUGGCACUUGAAGUUUCAAAAUGCAACGGAAGUGCUCUAGCACUACAAAGAGCAUCUGGUUGCAGCUUUGAUCUCAGUCCACUCACACGGUCAGUCUUACAGGAAUGCACGGAAGACUUGUUUCUUGUAUAUUAGUAGGCUGGAAAACUUUAGACUUUGUCCCUCCUCCUACUUGACAGCGUAUUGGUAUACGUGACAAAAUAUGUUCCCUAGUCUUUGAGUUCAUGUGAUCUUCUUAUGAUCAAUGCAGUUCUGUAGACAAACUCGAGGAUUCCUGGAAAGAACAGGAGAGAAAGUUAUCCCUGUGUGUUAAUUCCAUGGAGCAGACUGGACGUCCUGCGGGAGACUGUGCUGGGCCUGUAUCUCCUGAGGCCAUCUGUGCACCAACCUGGAAGUCAUGGAACAAGCCUGCCUUGUUGGCUUUGGGAAGUAGAAGUAGGAGAAUUGUGAAUGUUAGGCCAGCGUUGGGUCCAUUACACUCUGAAGAGCAGACUGAGCUCUCUCAGUGUCUUGCCUGUUCAUGGAGACUAUUUUCUCCUCUUGUUUCCAGCAUCAGGGAAGCAGCAGCAGCAUCUGGCACAUGCAUGGAGGUCUCUUCACGUGCACAUCACUGAUGGAGUUGUUUCAUUGUCAGUGGGACUUCUGGCUCUUCUGUUGUAGUUUCCUUUAAGUCUAAUAGUUUGAAGGUGCGGUCUUUCAUGGCGGGGCAGCUCGAGGCAGGACCAUGAGGUAAUGACUGGUCAUAUUGCACCUGUAGUCAAGAAACAGAGUGCUUGGGUAUAUUCUUAAGAAAGAAUACACUCAGCAAGAAUAGCGAUUUGAGGGUCCAUUUCCCACUGAGCCUUAUAGGGAGGGAGAACAGAGAAAUUAUGGUGAACCGGGAGCUUAGGAGAGAUAUGCAAAGAAACUUGCACAAUAGAAGUUAAGUUGCUGUUCUGCUGGUCGUCCCUGUUUUUAACUUAGAGUCACUGUCACCUUUGUUGCUUCUUACUUUUCUUCUCCUUAGGAGUCUUGACACCCGAGAUUGCUGUCCUCACUCUUGAGGCCGCUCUUCUGUCCUUGGGUGGCAUUUCUUAGCCUCUACUCAACCUCGGGUCUCUUUGAUGUUACUUAGAGUGCAGAUCAUGGCUUCCACCGUAGCUAGUAAGUACCUUUUGGCUCGGCUCUCUUCUGGUUUUAGUGCUGAAUUCCUGUUUAUUCUGUGGGCUUUUGACCUGUCGUCUGCAUCCCCAUCCUCUUUGUCUUCCUGUAGGGGAGCCUACAGUGAUGUUCUUAGCUUUACUUUUCCUAGGUACCACUGAGACAUUUGCUAGAAUGGGAAUAUUUUCAGUGUCCAAUAGAACUUGUUCUUGUGUGCUUCUUAAACUGGCAAGCUACCUGUGUCUUCCCUGUCUGGUUGCUUUUUCUCUAGUCCUGUAAUUAGUGUGAUGGUUUUGGUUUCUUUGUUUGUUUGUUUGUUUGCUUUUGUUUUCUUGGGUUUUUUGUUGUUGGGUUUUUCUUUGUUUGUUUUGUUUUUUUUUAAGGUGUUGGAGAAGUAAAACUAUGCUUCUGCUUGCUUGAAUCAUUGGAAUCCCAUCUUCGAGCCUGUCCUGAGUUUUGAGGCAUAUCAAACAUACUACCCUGCUUUUAACUUCUAAAUAUUCAAGUCAUUUGGCAAACACAGAAGUAACCUACUAAUCCAAAGAUACACAUUGAGCCACAUAGGAAGGGCAAGAGCAGGUCAUCAGACUUUGUAUUUAAUGUCUAGUCUAGGCUCCUGAAUGAAAAACAGAGGGAUAGUAGUGCCGAGUGCCUUCACAGUGUUGCAGGAAAUCUGGGUUGGUUGCAAGAGAAAGUACCAGUAGUUCUUGGUUCCAGUAAGUAGCACAAGAGUUGAGAUGGAGCGCUAGGGACAGGCAGAGCUCUGCUCAGUGUUUUAUGUCUGAUGAAGAGCACCAUGGGGAGGGGCCAGCUGCUAACCAACAGCUGUUUGCAGACCUUGCAGCCUCUUCCCUGUUUUAGUGCUUGAGAAAAAUGUGGCUGAGCACUCCUUGUGUUGUCCAGAGCCCAGGCCAAGUGCCAGCCUCAGAUCUCCCGCUGAUCUGGCCGCUGAACAAGUCAGCAAGAGUUCUGAUCACCUGCCCCUGUACUGAUUCAGUGCUACGACAGAAUGUGAGAGGCAAACCUGCGCAUUGCCUUGAAUUUCCUUUCCUCUAACCCAGAAUGGAGGAGGCCAUUGAAGAGGAUUGCUCAAUGCAUGCUGUGCACAGCUUGUCAGACUCACACUGCCUCACCACAGACGCCCUCGAGUGGGGUGUGGCGCCUGUGCUGCUCCCCCUGCUACCUCUUACCCAGUAGUGGAGAGGGUGACCACGGUUUGGCUGUAUUUAAGUGGCAAGUGAAUUUGGGGCCCUUCGCUCUCUCCCCUGCUUUCUGGGCUAGCGAGCCUGCCUUGUAGUGCAUGAGAGGAGCCGCCUCCUGACCUUCUCCUCAGCACCUUACGUGGGAAGUCUGACCUCUGCUGGAAACAUGCUGGGCAUGACAGCUGUGAGGCACCUCCCACAUCUGCUUUCUGGCUGUGCUGACUUGGGAUUUUUAACCUUAUAUAUCUCUUUCCUUUAUUCAAAACAAAACAAUUUUUAGCACACUGAAAAAAAAAAACCCAAAUGUUUUGUGCCUUUCUAAGGCAGCGCUGUACCCCAGGCUGCAUCUUAGGACUUAAUAUGGAAAUACCGGAGUCUGAGCUCCUCUGCCUUGAAUAUCUUUAGCCCUGGAGUUUUGGGGACAAGGAUGUCUGGCUAGAGAGGUGGCACAUUAGGUGUCUAUCGUCUCCUUUCUCUGCCAUGAGGCUUCACUGGAAAAGAGCAGCAUUUUACUCUAGCAUCCCGUGGUUGGUUCCAGGCAGCAGUUCGUGUUCAGGUAACUGCUCUGGGUGCCCCACUCACCCACCUCCGAGAACAGUGCCCUGCAGAGCAGAGCUCUAGGGUGGACUCUGGGAAGAGGAGAUGGUUCAUUUGUUGUCUUUUCAUUUUGCUGGAUCUUGAACCAGCUUCAACCUCCUGCCUCUCCUCAGACAUGGCUGUCCUUUGAUUUGAAGGCUUCAACCAUAAAGCAUUAAGUGGCGGGGGCCAUCGCAGGUCCACCUGCCCCCAGGGAGGGGCUGUGGAACCCUGAGGCCUGUCGGUCAUACUGUCAUAGGUUUCAACCACAAGGUUUUGUACCCUCCCCUUCUCCCUGGUUCUCCCCUGCCUGUGGCUAACAAAGACCGGGGGACAGAAACAGUUCUUUUUAAGAUCUGCCUCAUUCGAGAUUUUUAAAUUCUUGAUUUGGGUGGGACAAGAGAGAACUUGAUAUUUUCCCCAGAAUAGAGUCCCAAUUUGUAUAUCAGUGUUAAGAAAACAAAACACACACUUAGGUGAGAUUCUCAUGGACUAUUUUUAAAAUAUUAAUAUAAAAAGAUUUCUAUUAGCAGUAUUUGAUCUCUCUCCUGUAAGAGCAGACAGGUAAAUACUGCUGCAGAGUAGCAGAGCUUUAAGACUCUCCAGUCCAUGUUGUUUUGCCAGUGUACUGAUGUGUAGAAGUCUGUUAUACUAAUUAGAGGUCUGUUAUACUAAUGUUAUUUAUUAAUUUUUUUCAUUUCCAUACAGUUAACUAAAGAGCUUUUUCAAGCAUCCGUGUCUGUAAAGAAAUAUUUUUAAAUAAAAUUUCUUUUGUUGUAGCACA